AUGGAAGUGAAAUGUUAUUGUGUGCAGGUGAUUGGUGUGAUCUCCGUAAUUCUGAUAUUGGGAUCAGAAAAAGUAAAGGUUGCAGAAUGCAAGGCGGCGAAUGGGGGAAUUGAAUACACAGCCAUUAAUUGCAGAAAGCACAGUGCAGUUUUGACAGAUUUUGGUGGAGUUGGUGAUGGCGUUACAUCGAAUACCAAAGCCUUUCGAAAUGCAAUAAACAAUCUCAGUCACUAUGCAUCUGACGGCGGUGCACAACUCAUAGUGCCACCGGGAAAAUGGCUAACGGGACCCUUUAAUCUCACAAGCCAUUUCACUCUUUUUCUUCACAACAAAGCUCUUAUUCUUGCCUCUCAGAAUGAAUCGGAAUGGCCUCAUCUUCCUGUGUUACCUUCUUAUGGAAGAGGGAGAGAUGCUCCUCAUGGAAGGUUUGGCAGUCUAAUUUUUGGAACCAACCUCACUGAUGUUGUAAUUACAGGUCAAAAUGGUAGCAUUGAUGGACAAGGAGCUUAUUGGUGGAAGAAGUUCCAUAACAAAAAGUUGAAUCUGACCAGGCCAUACAUGAUUGAGCUCAUGUACUCUGAUCAAAUCCAGAUAUCAUCUCUCACUUUACUCAACUCUCCAUCCUAUUUUAUCCAUCCAGUUUACAGCAGUAACAUAAUAAUGCAAGGACUUACCAUCAAUGCUCCAAUAAACUCUCCCAACACAGAUGGGAUAGAUCCAGAUUCAUGUACAAAUGUUAGGAUUGAAGACUGCUACAUUGUUUCUGGUGAUGACUGCGUUUCAAUAAAAAGUGGAUGGGAUGAGUAUGGGAUAAAAUUUGCAAUGCCAUCUCAACACAUAGUGAUUAAAAGGCUUACUUGUGUAUCCCCUGAUAGUGCGAUGAUUGCUUUAGGCAGUGAAAUGUCUGGAGAAAUCUCUGAUGUUAGAGCUGAAGAUCUGACUGCCAUCAACACUGAAUCAGCUAUCAGAAUAAAAACAGCAGUGGGUAGAGGUGGGUAUGUGAAAGACAUAUUUGUGAAAGGAAUGAACCUGACAACCAUGAAGUAUGUGUUUUGGAUGACUGGCGCUUACAAAUCACACCCUGAUCCAAACUAUGAUCCCAAAGCACUACCCAACAUUACUGGGAUAUAUUACAGAGACGUUGUUGCAACACAGGUCAAGAUGUCUGCAAGACUCCAAGGAAUUUCUAACAACCCUUUCACCAACAUUUGCAUCUCCAAUGUCACCAUCCAAUUCAAUGAAAAACCAAAGAAGCAUCAAUGGAAUUGCACUGAUGUUUCUGGAGUCACAAACAAGGUCACUCCUCCUCCUUGCGAAUCGUUGCCAGAGAAAGAGCAACUCCAGUGUCCUUUUCCAACCAACUCUCUGCCCAUUGAAUCUGUUAAGCUCAAGUCUUGUUCUACCAAUGCCUUCUUCUAA